AUGGGCCUUAAUUCGUUUGCGAAAGCCCUAGUCAUCGUCGUCCUCGUCUCGAUCUCCGGCGGCGCUCAUGGUUGGGGACUUGAUGGACAUUUUACCAUCUGCCGACUUGCUCAGCCUCGGCUGAGCAAGGCGGCGGCGGAUGCGGUGUCGGAACUGCUUCCGGCGGCGGCGGAGAAGGACCUGGCGAGCGUAUGCAUAUGGGCGGAUAAGAUCAAGUUCCGGUACGGAUGGUCGCGACCACUUCAUUACAUCAAUACUCCCGACAACGAAUGUACCUACGACUACAAAAGGGACUGCAAAGAUGAACAUGGCGGAGCAGACAGGUGUGUGGCUGGAGCAAUAAAAAACUACACUAGUCAGCUUCUCACCUACGGCACCAAACAAGCUCAACAGUAUAAUCUCACCGAAGCACUUCUCUUCGUCUCCCAUUUUCUGGGAGACGUUCAUCAGCCUUUGCAUGUUGGUUUCACUACGGACAAGGGAGCUAACACCAUCGGAAUCCGUUGGUACCGGACCAAGCAAAAUCUUCACCAUGUAUGGGACACAAACAUCAUUGAGACAGAAGAGGAAAAUUACCAUAAUUCUAACGUGGAGGAUCUCAUCCGUGCUAUUGAUCAAAACAUCACGAAAGUGUGGAGCAAAGAUGUAAAGGAAUGGGAGGCCUGUGACCACACUGCUUGUCCUGACAUUUACGCAUCUGAAGGCAUUAAGGCAGCUUGCGAUUGGGCUUACAAGGGAGUCGAAGAAAAUUCUACCCUUGCAGAUGAGUACUUCGAGUCGCGAUGGCCAGUUGUGAAUCUCCGGCUGGCGCAAGCCGGCGUCCGCUUGGCUGCUACUCUCAAUCGCAUAUUCAAAGGCUAA